GAGAUUAAAGGAUACUAGAUUUGCUAUCACUGUCUCCAGUGUGCCAUAUACAUGUACAUAUGUAUACCAGCGAAGGUAUCAUUAAUAAGAUUAAUCGUCCAUUUUCAAGGGUACAAAAUUGGUGUCGAUCCUGGUACAUUGCCCAUUUAUUCCCGGCCAUAACCGGCCUGUUGCGGCCUUUUCAAUUGGCUGUUAUGUGUUCGCUUUUGUCGACCCCCUCUGUUUUCCCCUACCAAGCUGUAGCCUGUGGGGAUUAAUGAUCAUGACAGUGCUGAACCAAUGUAACCGCCUGACUAGACGACAGGACUGUAGGCAUUUGCUCACUUCCUGAUUGCGAUCGUUAAGUUUCAACUUGUACACCGGAAAUAAGCGGGAUAAAGCUACUUAUUGCCAGGAGAAAAAUAUUCUAAUCCUGAUUAAAUCCUCAUCCAACUUUGAGAAUAAUGGGUAUUGUUGGUUUUCUUCGAGACCCAGUGAGCAGAUUAUGGUUUGCCGCAUUGUGUGUUGUUUGCUUACCGGCAUUGGCGCAUGGCACUGCUGCCGAGGUGCGUUUCGGUAUACUGGUGACAAAUGCUAAACAACAAAUGCUUUUACAGCGGAAUUCCCAUCGUGCCGUCGUAGACUACUUUUCAAAUAACCGUUUUGGUUUCACAAAAACGGUGAAAAUUCUUCCUCCACCGGUUAUUUCUCUUGAUGGUUUUCUUGGACCGAGUAAUAUUCUCAGCAUUAUCUGCAAUAAAAUCUUAGCCCAGAAUGUUAAUGCGCUGGUUUCCGUGUCAUUUUACGAAGACGCAAAAGUGGACGAGGUCAAUGCGUUACAAUAUUUGUUUCAAUUGUCGUCCUAUUUGCAAAUACCGGUAAUAUCUUGGCAGACUGAAAGAGCAGAGCGUUCAUCUGAUGAUCUUCUGGUGAUUCAAAUGGCUUCCACGAUCCACCAUCAAGUAAAAGCUGCAUUCAGCAUCUUGGAGCGUUACAAAUGGACACAGUUUUCUAUAGUGAUGGUGAAGGCACUUGCUGGACACGAUGCUUUCAUCAAUGCCAUUCGGCAGGAACGCAAUAAGGAAACUUUUAAGACGCAGAUCUUGAGUAUUAUCGAGAUUACUUCGCUCCAGCCCGACGACAUACGAAAGCAUAUGCAAACACUGGACAGCGAAACCCGUGUGAUAAUGUUCUUUGCUCAUAAAAAUGCGGCGGUGGCCAUACUGCAGAUUGCUUCCGAAUUGGGGUUAACAGGGCCAGAUCACAUGUGGAUCUGCAUGCAGAAAGUUAUCGGCGAUAUGACUACGAAAACCAUUCCCCCGCCACCGGAAUAUCCUGUCGGCAUGUUAGGAAUUGAUAUGGACAUGACCGAAGCGAAUAUGAUUAAAAUUGUCGGCAACGGGAUAAAGAUAUAUGGCCAUGCCAUGGAUAUAUUAGUUCAGGAAUCUAACGUGUCGGCCAGUUCGUUUAGUCCAAACAUUUCUUGUGAUACGGACGAUGCUGUGUGGGCACUGGGAAGAGACUUUUACAAAGCGAUGCGCAAAGUUAAAGUACCAUUACUGACCAGCCGAAACAGUCCUGAAAUUCAGUUUACAAAAGAUGGUGGCACAACGUACGCCGAGUUUGAUGUCGUCAAUUUGGUUAUCGAUAAAAAGCAGCGAACGCGUGCCUGGAAACAGGUCGGCAGCUGGAACACUCUCCUUGGAUUGCAACUGAGCGAUAUUAUGUGGCCUGCACACUUACCUGUGCCUCCCCGUGGACGACCGGAAAAAUUUCAUUUAACCGUGGUUACGUUAGAAGAAGUGCCGUAUGUUUGGAUAAAGCCUACAGGUCCUGGUGGUAAAUGCGAAGUUCGUACAGCCCCUUGCCGCGUGCGCCCCAAGGCGGUCUUGGAUGUUGUUAAUAUCACCGAAAGCUGGCAAGAUUGGUGUUGCACUGGACUUUCCAUCGAUCUGCUCACAAAACUCGGCGCAGACAUCGGAUUUACUUUCGACAUAUAUCAAGUCGAAGAUUUGAAAUGGGGACGGAAAACGAUAAAUGGAAGCUGGAACGGACUGGUUGCUGAUCUGCUGAAAAGGAAAGCCCAUUUGGCAAUGACCUCGUUAACUGUGACGAAAGAGCGGCAAGCGGCAAUCAGUUUUUCUACGGCAUACUUAGGGACCGGCAUAGGAAUUGUAGUCGCUAAACAAGAGGGACGCAUUUCACCAACGGCAUUUCUUGAACCUUUUGACUACGUUACAUGGAUUGUGUUAGUGGUGGCAUGCAUCCAGACAGUUAGCAUUUUCAUUUUUGCUUUUGAAUGGUUGAGCCCUUCCGGGUUCAACAUGCAGUCCAUUCCAGACGAAGAUAAUCGCUUUAGCUUUUUCCGGGUAUAUUGGCUUGUUUUUACCAUCUUUUUUGGAGCUCCUUGUCCGGUUAUUUUGCCAAGGUCAUUUACUGCCAAAUUUCUUACUGCUGUUUGGGCGUGCUGCGCCUUCGUGUUUAUAGCGGUUUACACUGCCAAUCUAGCCACAUUUAUGAUAACCAGGGAUGAUCUACUGCUGAUUCAAGGCAUCCAGGAUCGUCGGUUUCAUAAUGAAUCGAAAAGUAAUCCAUUUAGAUUCGGCACCAUAUCAUCGGGAUCAACUGUGGAGACGAUUCGGCAGACUUAUGAGCACAUGUACCAUUAUAUGCAAAAGUAUAACAAGGACAAUAUAUCCCAAGGGAUCGAAGCGGUAAAGAACGGACAACUGGAUGCCUUUCUGUACGACGCUUCGGUUCUUGAAUACCGGGUCGGUUCGGAUACGGCUUGCAAAAUACAAACUGUUGGAUCCUGGUUUGCAACAACAGGUUACGCUAUUGGAUUUCCACAGGGAUCUCCAUUAAUUGCUGUAUUUGAUGAGCACCUUCUUAAAUAUCAACAAAACGGAUACUUGGAACAACUACAACAAUUCUGGCUAACCGGCGCCUGUAAUCUGAAAUCCCAAAAGGAGGACAAGUCUUCCCACGCUUUAGGCCCAAAGAAUUUUACAAGCGCUUUCAUUUUCCUGGGCGCGGGAAUCGUCAGUGGAAUACUGUGUCUCAUUGUGGAAUGGAUCUACUUUAAAUUCAUUAAUUUCGGCAUCUGCAGUGCGGUGUUUGAGAGUAGUACCUGCCAGUUUCUUAGCGUUAACAUCUUCAAAGCAGUGCGAGCGGAAAAAAUUCGGCAUCCACGUCAACUAGUGCCGGACACCGAUAUUCCUGUGAACACCGAACGGCGUCGGUCCAGCGCUGUGGAAGACGACCUGGCCAGGAUUAGCGCCGAGUUGGUCAUCGCUCGCAUGCAGGUGCACAAGCUGGAGAACAUUCAGAAGCGGUUGCGCAAAUCACCGCUAAGAAAAGUGGACAGUAUUGUGGGGCAGCCGCGCAGCGGGGCACCAGCAGGUCCCGAAACACCGCUGCGAAAGCGCACCGGUAAACGACCGGGAAUGCAGGAUGCGGAUAUCAAUGGCACUAGUUUGCAUGUGGUGGAAAUGGAAACGGUUUUAUAAUUCAGAAUUAGGAAUGCUUCCGAUCUCAGUAACCUUUAUGCGCAAAAAAUUGAAUCGUAUUAACAAAACUGAUCAUA